CGAGACCCGGACGCGGAGCGAGAAGCCCUUUGGAGGGGGACUGAUCCUGUGAAACACUGAGUCUCCUCAGUGCCACUGGAGCUCAAUGAGAGACCGUGGCAGUGACACCGCCCAACUGCCAUCUGCACAGAUGAAGAUGGACUACGACCGUGACAAGUCAUCCAAACCCCCGGGUGUGAAAAUGAGCAAAUCCGUUCCCAUCAUUUGCGCUUCCUCGGGUAAUGCCAACUGCCACGACACCCGCCCCACCCAAGGCCCCGCAAGGCAAGUGCAGGGCAGGAACCGCAGUGAUAAACUGGCACCUUCCCAGGAAGCGGUCGCACGAGAGAGUCAAGGGUCAGACUUCUAUAAUGGCAACGUGGCCCUCGGAUGCCCCUCUGACGCCUCAGAGAAUCUCCACGCAACAGCUGCUGAGGAAAGCAGACGGAACGGGGGGUCAGUGCCAAAGGAAACUUGGGCUACAAAGAGCAUAAUCAAUGCUCCCAUGGCCCUUCCCAUCACACACGUUUUCCCGUAUGAGGAAAACAAAGUUGGCAAUGGCAGCAAGGUGACCGUGAAGAAUUGUACCUUCCAUACCCCACCCGAGAAGAGUCCUGCACGAAUGGGGGGUGGUUCCCCACUAGACCUUUCCAGAGAGAGGAUGGACAGCUUGAGAAAAGAAAGGCAGGCACCACCCAACACGAAGCAGAGAAAGACAAGACGAGAUCUUUUCCAAGAUUCAAAUGUUUUCCACCACAUUGAUGCUCACGUUCUGCGUGUGAGCGAGCAGAUACAAUCAAAGCAGGCUUCGUCAUCAGUCCAGACCAUCGUUCGGCUGAUUACUGACAAGGUCCGAAGCAAACUGGAGACCGUGCGCGCAAUAUGGAUGUGGCUGUGCCACAAUAUCCAGUAUGACGUGGAUGGCUUCUUAGGGUUAUCUCCGAAGAUCCAUACCCCGGAACAGGUCCUGCAGACCAGAAGAGGCGUGUGCUCCGGUUAUGCCCAUUUAUGCCGAGAAAUGUGCAGGGAGGCAGGGCUGAGCUGCAUUGAAGUGUCAGGCCACGGGAGAGGUACCGGUUACCAACAAGGGCUCGACUGCCAGCAAAAGAAACCCAACCACAUGUGGAACGCUGUUCAGCUGGAGGGGCAGUGGCACCUGCUGGAUGCGUGCUGGGGCGCAGGCAUUGUGGAUGAAGAGAAAAGAUUGUUCAUUCCCAGGCAUGACGACUUCUUCUUUCUAACCGACCCGGAACACUUCAUUGAGACCCACUGGCCAGAGGAGCCCCAGGGGCAGCUUGUGCAGCCGCGUGUCUCGCUGGAAGACUUUGAACAAAGCGUUUUUAAAACGUCGGAGUUUUUCAAACUGCAGCUCUCCCUGCUCUCUCCAAACCGCUCCCUCCUCAGAACAGAGCACGGGGAAGCAACGGUGUCUCUGGGGAGCCCACGCCCCACAGAAUAUAGCUACCGCCUCUACAAGCUCUGCAGCGACGGUAGCAAAGAAGAACUAGGCAUGGCCUGCGGGAUGCUGAUGGUGUCCGAGAAGCGCAUGACUCUCCAAGUUCUUCCCCCGACGGAGGGCUUUUUUGAGCUGAUGGUCUUCGCACGCCCGUCGGAUGCUCAGAACCCCUACAGCUGGGUGUGUUCCUAUCAGAUCAAGUGCCUGGAGUCGAGCAAGAAAGAUCUGCCCGAAAACCCCUUCCAUUUCUGGGGCCUCCAUCCAAAGCGGAAGGAAAUGGGGAUCGCAGCAUGCAACUGCGGAGAAGAUCCGAUUGUUGUUGCAACAGGAAGUUGGCUCUUGACUCUAUGGACAUCCAGACCCUUGCUGGCCACAUACCAGCUGGUGAAUAAAGAUUUGGACGCCUCCCUGAGCACCAAGUGCCUGGCCUCUCAAGCGGAGGAGGAGAAGUUGAGUUGUCACGUGCUGUGUCCUUUCCUGGGCUACUACCGGCUCUCGGUGUUUGUGAAAGAAUUAGGGGGCGACCUGUUGAAAAACGCAGCCAACUUCCUCAUUCAUUGCUCUGGUCCCACCAACCAGAACGAGCUCUUCCCCUCCGGCCUCAGCAUGCACUGUGGGACAGGCAUCAGCACCCGCUGGAGGGGCUUUUCCAACCCCAGCCACCCGGCCCCCAUCAUCCACACCAACCAGGGGAAGUGCAACAUCACGUUCCACACCCGGUCGGACACCGAAGUGGCCGCUGUCCUGAGCAAGGACAAAGUCACCCAUACCAAGUACCCCCUGGAGAGAUACGUCCUGCUCACCCAUCUGGCAAACAAGGUCAGCGUCUGCAUCCUGCUUCCCGAAUCGGGCCUCUACAAAGUGGGGCUCUUCAGACAAAGUGGGGCUCUUCAACAGGAGCGAGGACCACAAGGACUUCGCUCACGUCUGCGACUACGUCGUCCGCUGCUUUUCCGAGCCCCGGUGGCUUCCGUUCCCCCGCGUGUACAGCACAUGGAGGAGAGGCUGCAUCCUGCUGCAGCCCAGGACGGGCGUGCUCCAGGAACGCAGCUGGAUCAGGUUCAGAGUCAAGAUGCCAAAAGCCUACAGAGCUUUUGUGGUCGGGCAAGCCAGGACUGA